CUGUAAUAUUAUCAUACAUCCUCAGUUCAUUCAUCCCCCUUUUCUCCCCAUUUAAGCCAUGCCCGCUACAAAGUUCACCACCCCCGAGAAAUACAAGUACCAAAAUGGCUUCGGCUCCUAUCACGAAUCUGAAGCCAUCGAAGGUGCUCUCCCCGUAGGCGCCAACGCGCCUCAAAAGCCUCCCUACGGCCUCUACACUGAAAAGCUCUCUGGGACCUCCUUCACAGCUCCUCGCCACGAGAACCAGCAAACAUGGCUGUACCGCGUCCUGCCCUCUGCAGCACACUCUCCCUUCAUCCCGCGCGAAUUCACCUCAAAUAACACGAACCCGGAUACGCAGCAGAUGCAUCAGAUCCCCAACCAGUUGCGUUGGGAUCCUUUCGAUCUGGACGAGUCGGUUGAUUGGGUGCAUGGCUUGAAGCUGGUUGCAGGAGCUGGAGACCCGACUCUGAAACAUGGGAUUGGGAUCCUGAUAUUCGCGGCGGGGAAGAGCAUGGGCAAGAACGAGGCAUUCUACAGCGCCGAUGGGGAUUUCUUGAUUGUCUUGCAGCACGGAGUGCUGGAUAUACAAACGGAAUUGGGACACAUUUUGGUUCGUCCGAAUGAGAUCUGUGUUAUCCCGAGAGGAGUGAGAUACAGGGUCGAACUACCUGACGGGCCUGUGAGAGGAUACAUUUUGGAGUUGUAUUCGGGGCAUUUCCAACUUCCCGAAUUGGGACCUAUUGGCUCGAAUUGUCUGGCCAACGCCAGGGAUUUCCAAGCCCCCGUUGCGUACUUUGAGGAAGACACAAUGGGGGAAUACGAGAUAAUCUCGAAGUUUAACGGUCACCUGUUCGUGGCGACCCAGACGCACACGCCUUUCGAUGUCGUUGCAUGGCAUGGAUUGUACUACCCAUACAAGUACGACCUCGGCCGUUUCAAUACUAUUGGAAGCAUCUCAUUCGACCAUCCAGACCCCAGCAUCUUCACCGUUCUCUCCGCUCCCUCAGCUCACCCCGGCACCGCCAUCGCCGACUUCGUCAUCUUCCCCCCUCGUUGGCUCGUCGGCGAAGACACCUUCCGCCCCCCUUGGUACCACCGCAACACCAUGUCCGAAUUCAUGGGCCUCAUCGGCGGCGAGUACGACGCCAAAUCCGGCGGCGGGUUCCGACCGGGCGGCGCCAGUCUGCACAACAUCAUGUCAGCCCACGGACCCGACGCCGAGACGCACCAGAAAGCCUCCGAGGCGCAGCUGCAGCCCAUGAAGGUGGGCGAGGGCAGCAUGGCCUUCAUGUUCGAGAGCUGUCUGAUGGUCGGCGUUACAGACUGGGGCUUGAACCUGUGUCGGAAGGUGCAGGAGGAUUAUAAUGAGGAGAGCUGGACAAGGCUGAAGCCGCAUUUCCAGAUCCCGGAGGGUGUGAGGAGGAUGGAUAAUCGUGUGGAUGAGGGGCCCAAGGAAGAGCUUGUCGCUUCAAUGCGGCUUCAUAGUUGAGAAUUCAGGGAUUCGCUUUUAUCAGUAUGAGCAAGGAAUUCAAUUUUUUUAAGCAGUGAUGGCUGAGGUUUUGGAGAUGGACAAGGAGUUAUUUCUCCUUUUGUUACCCCGCUGAUGAAAGUCCAGAAAAUUGAUUCAAUUGCACGAUUCUAUAAGGACCACUCUCUCUACACAUCACAUUUUGAUAUGUGCUCUCUCUAUUCCAGCAAACAAAAUCCAAGUUGAUUAAUCUAUGCUGCCAUACGUCUAUGCCUCCUCUACCAUCUAUACAGUACAUAUCUAUGACGAGGUCCCCAUCCUCAGCCUGAAAGUUAUAACUUGGGUUUUAAAAGAAUAGAGGCAUGUUGUUUAUAGCUUUCGGUCCUGAUCUGUGGAGGCUAUGAUGAGUUUUAAGGAUUUGGAGUGGGCGUCUGCUGGGUGGAGAGAAGG